GAGAACGGCAUGUGUUCGCCGAGAGGUGUGGCCGCAGUUUUUGAUGAGAACGCCGACGGUUACGUCAAAGGCGAGGCCGUGUGCUGUGCUUUCCUACAGCGCAGGCGCAACGCCCGGCGAGUGUACGCCACUGUGUUGGCCGCUAGGAUGAACAUUGAUGGUAAUAAGACAACUGGUAUGUACUUCCCAUCGGCCGACGCUCAGCAACAGCUUAUGAUUGACACUUACAACGAGGCCAAUGUGGACCCCCUGGAGGUCACUUAUUUCGAAACUCACUGCACGGGAACUAAGGCGGGCGAUCCGCAGGAAAUAAAGGCCAUAUACAACGCCUACGUGAAAGCUCCGGGACGUACGGAACCCCUGCCGUUGGGGGCGUUGAAGAGCAAUGUCGGCCACUCAGAGGCGGGCUCUGGGAUGUCAUCGUUGAUUAAAAUGUGUAUUGUAUACGAGAAUGAAUGCAUUCCUCCCAACCUUAAUAUGAAACAACUGAAGGAUGAAUGCCUUCCCUAUUGUCCGCCGUUGAAACCCAUAGUGGAGUGCACGCCAUAUAAACCAGGUUUGGCUGCUUUGGAUAACUUCGGUAUAGGGGGUGCGAACGCACACGUAUUGCUCGAACCCAACCCUAAAGUGGGAACCAGUGAUGGACUGAGAAUUGCGGAAACGAUUCCCAGAAUUGUCAACAUUUGCGGCCGAACUGAAGAUGCGGUCAAAUAUGUAAUGGAUUUCAUACAAAACAACCCAAAGAGAGUGACGAAUGGCUUUUUGGCACUUUUGGCAAACGCUAUGAAAUACACGCCUUCUAUCAAUUCGUCGGGAAUGCCGUUCAGAGGUGUAGUCAUUGUGUUUAGUUCACUUAUAAUAAGGAAAGUGUCGGAAAAUAGUGAUAAAAUUGAAUACGAAUACAGGCGUCAAAUUAGUAUUCAAAAAUGUAAAACUGUAAGACCUCUAUGGGUUCUGUUCCCGGGUUUGGGCGGUCAGUGGCCGGCGAUGGCUAAGGCUUUGAUGCCAAUCAAGAUAUUUGCCGAUAAAGUGGAAGAAUGCCAUCAAAUACUCAAAGAGUUUGGCAUUGAUUUGAAAACAAUAUUAUUAUCCGAAGACAAGACAGCGAUCUCUACAAUGACUGCAAAAUUUGUUUCGACGACUGCUAUAGAGAUAGCAUUGUUUGAUGUGAUGAAAGCUCUGGACAUCACACCCGACGGCAUAAUUGGCCACUCGUUUGGAGAGAUAGCCUGUGCUUACGCUGACGGGUGUAUGACUACACGGGAGACAAUGAUCGCGUCAGCACUUCGAGGAAUAGUCACCACAAAUGACAAAAAUAUACCGAAAGGACUGAUGGCUGUCGUGGGGUUACCGAAGGCUGAAAUGCAAAAGUUGUGUCCAAACGGUGUUUACAUUGCCUGUAAUAACGCUAAGGAGAGUGUAGUCAUAUCGGGCCCGGAUAAGGAAAUGAGAGAAAUCAUUGAAUCGCUGUCAGAGAAGAAUGUAUUUGUGCGACAAUUAGAGAGCAGUAAUAUUGCCUAUCAUUCAAAAUACAUCCAAACCUCCGCUCAGCCGUUGGCCGACGCUAUCGAUAAAUAUAUACCGCAUCCGAAGCCGCGCUCCAAGAAAUGGUUGUCCACUUCACUCUUGAGCGCCAACCCUAAGGAUGAGAGGUUGCUGUACGCCUCGGGCGCGUACAACGCCUACAAUCUGGCCAACCCUGUUCAAUUCUAUGACCGCUUACAACAACUGCCGGCCGACGCCAUUGUGCUAGAGAUCGGUCCGCACUCUCUGUUUGGCAAAAUAGUGACCGAAACACUCAAUCAGUGCUCUUACGUAUCGCUCAUCAAAAAAGACUCAAACGAUAAAAACAUGGAUUUAUUUCUGUCGGGUUUGUCCACACUGUAUGAAUUGGGCGUUAAUAUGUCGGUCGAUAAGCUUUACCCGAAGGUUGAGUGGCCGGUGCCGAGGGGUACGCAAGCGAUAAACUCGCUGAUCAAAUGGGAUCACAGCUUAAAACUUCCAAUAUCUAAAUAUCCGGAGCGCUAUAACCAGUCGACGGCCAGCGAUAUGAAUGUGACCAUCAAUUGUGGUCUAAUGGAAGACGCCUUUUAUUUGGACCAUUGCGUUGACGGCAACCCUAUAUUUCCGGGCUUUGGAUAUUUAAUACUGGCCUGGCGCAAACUGGCCGCUUCCAUGGGCAACGUGUGGUACAACGUGCCCGUUAUAUUUGAAAGCGUUCAGUACCGGCGGGCCGUGUUUCUGACCGAGGGCAAUGAGGUCACUCUUACAGUAAAAUAUUAUCCGUUAUCCGGUGAGUUUUCCGUGCACGAGAAGGAUAACGUAUGCGUUGCGGGCAAAAUCCGCGCGUCUGUGGGCGACGACACACUAAUCGCUCAGCACUUGCUCUACGAUAGCGAACGGCGUUUGGCGGCCGCCGAACACACCAUAAAUAGGGACGACAUAUACAAAGAGUUUCGUAUUAUGGGCUUAGACUAUAAGCAGUCGUUUCAACGGUUACUGACUGCCGGCACCAAUGAUUACAACGAGUUUGACGGUGUGUGCGAAUGGGACGGCAAUUUGAUCACUUAUAUGGACUCUAUUUCGCAAUCAAGAUUCCUAUCACUGCCCGCCCGGAAGCUACUCAUACCGGUGUUCAUACGUAAGCUACGGCUCGACCCAAGGGUUAUGUUAGAGGCUUUCCGUAGCCGUAGGCGCGAUGAGACGGCGCCGACUACGGCCGUCACUCAGCAGUUGGCCGACAACGAUGCGAACCCUUUCAUACUUACUACCAGUGAUCAAAUACCGGCGGCCGACGAAUUGCAGUCAUACGAGUCGAUCCUUAAUCAAGAAAAGCAACGCUUCGACGACCGGUUCGCCCAAUACUCGGCCGAAAUGCCAUUUUAUUACAAUAUGGCGACCAAACAGUUGGUGGCGCCCGGCUUUGAAUUAGACGAAGUGUUCACAUAUUUCGCACCCCGUCGUCAGGACAUCACUGCUCUCGUGUUGGACUCACAAGAGUUUUGUCCCAACGAUGACAAUCAGGCUAUUGAUGGCUACUUAUCGGCCGCUGUGACCAAGUAUUUACAGGUUUGUAACUCAUUGGCGUCUAAACUGCAACAAAUGGGUGUCAAAGAAAUUAAAUGUGAUUUUAAUUGCGAAAAAGUUGGCGAAGAAGUGAUACAAGAAUUUCGGACCGAAAACAAUGAAAAUCACGUAAUGUUUCGUACAUUUGAUAGAAUAUUGGAAAAAGCUUUAGAAGAAAACACUAAUAAAAUCAAUUCUAAAGAAGUUUCAAAGAUUUUAAAUGAAAUACAAACGAAUAGUGAAUACGAUUUGAGUAAAGAUGUGGUCAAUCAGAUCCAGAAGAAUGAGCGUAUGAUUAGAUCAUUGAUGGAAAUUGUUUGCGAAAAUUAUGUAACCGUUAAAGAGAUAAAUAUCACUGAAAUUAAUCUCAGCGACAGUUUUGUGGCCAAAGAAAUCGAUCAGAUUUUCACACAUUUCCGAAUACUUCCCUUUGAAAUCGAUUACAAACUAAUCGUAAAAAACAAACAAUCGGUGAAUGAAUUGUAUAGAGAGAGGGCUUCUGAAUGGCAACCAAAUGAUGAAAUACCACUCAAACCUUCGCAUUUGGUUAUAAUGAGAGACUCACAAGACUUAUGGCCAAUAGAUUUGUCUCAAUUCACACAAGACUUGUUUGACUCGAUUAAUACAAAUGGAUUUCUUGUAUCGAUAUUUCGGUAUAAGUUUACGGAACCGGAGAUUGCGUUCAUGUCUUUAAAGGGAAACACAAUUCCCAGUAAUAAUGAAUUGGAGGCAAGAAUCAAAACGUUUGAAUCAAUUGCAACUAAAACUGGGUUUAAAUUAAUCGCAACCAAAAGCGAUACAAUCGGAACCAUAUGUUUGAUGUUUAGAAAAAUCAUUCACAAACCUAUUAUACCGGAGAAACACAAUGUUAUUGAUAUAAGUGGUGAUUACGAGCAAUGGUUUGGUGUAUUACAAGAUAAGAUCAUUGACGCCAUGCGUGCGGACAAUAAGACAGAUAACGUAUGGCUGAUGUCUAAGGAAUCGAGUAUUAAUGGAAUCAUAGGUUUAGUGAAUUGUUUGCGUUUAGAACCGGGCGGAGAGAACUUCCGGUAUAUCUUCCAUAUGGACACCAAUAAUGACACUAACAUUGACUUCAAUACUAAACCCUAUUCUGAUAUAUUGGCCAACGAUUUAGUCGCCAAUGUUAUCAAAGGGGGAAAACUGGGAACUUAUAGACAUUUCAAACUUCCCGCAGAUUUUGAUAAAUGUGUUUCAAAUGAUUAUUACCUAAACUCUGGCCCAACAAAAGAUUUGGCGGGACUUCAAUGGUAUGAUUCCCGGAAAAUACCCGAAAUUAAAACGAGCUGGAGCAUCGCAAAUAUGGAAAUCUCCAAAACACGUGUUGAAGUGUAUUGUUCAGGCAUUUCGUUCCACGACGUUAUGGUCGCGUCGGGUCGCAUACCCGCGGGUCCGGAGCAGCUGUUCACUGAUUGUGUGUUGGGCUGUGAAUACGCGGGCCGUCGCGUGGAUACCGGCAAACGGGUGAUGGGUAUUGAUUAUCGUGCGUUCGCCACAUCACUGAACGCCACUAUUAAUAGCAUGACUACAGUUCCCGAGCACUGGUCAAUGGCAGAUGCGGUCACUAUAUUGAGCACAUAUAGCACACUGUAUUACGCGCUCAUCAAACGGGCUAAUUUAAAAAAAGGCGAGAGUGUAUUGAUUCACUCGGCGGCGGGAGGUGUGGGUCAGGCGGCCAUCAAUAUGUGUAAGCAUUACGACUGCGAUAUCUAUACAACGGUUGGCACCGAAGAGAAGAAACAAUUUCUGAUCAAUGAAUACAAUAUACCGGAGGAGAGAAUAUUCGGCUCAAGAGAUAAACAAUUUCUGAUCAAUGAAUACAAUAUACCGGAGGAGAGAAUAUUCGGCUCAAGAGAUGUGUUAUUCAAAGCAAAGCUAUUGAAAAUCACGAACGGAAAGGGAGUCGACGUUGUGUUGAACUCAUUGUCCGGAGAGAAACUCGACGCCAGCUAUGAGUGUGUGGCCAAUAGUGGCCGCUUUAUUGAGCUAGGUCGAUUCGACAUGAUACAAAACAAACAAAUUGGCAUGUUUGAUUUUGUGCGCGACAUUCAAUUCAUUGGUGUUGUUGUAGACAUACCUAUAACUACUGAUAUAAAAUUCUUCUACGAUUUCUACGAUUGGGUUCACAAGAACUCGAAGAAUGGAUGCGUAAAGCCAUUGAAUUAUACAUUGUUUGAGGCCAAGGAUGCGGACAAAGCGUUCCGAUAUAUGACAACCGGUAAACAUAUGGGAAAAGUGGUCAUUAAAAUGAGAGCCGAAGAGAUAGAUAGGAGACCAUUGAUGGCCAUUAAACCGGCCGUAGAUAUGGUGACAACGAUUAAGACAUUCUUUGAUCCAAACAAAGUCUAUAUAAUAACCGGAGGUUUAGGUGGCUUUGGUUUGGAACUGAUUCCAUGGAUGCAGUUCUUCGGCGCCCGAAAGUUUGUAACCACUUCCCGGUCCGGACUUCGCACUGAAUAUCAGAAAUAUAUUUACAAUCGUUUCAAGAAAUUUUACAAAAAUAUGAAAAUAUUUGAGUCUCAAUGGAUUGUCUCGACUGCCGAUGGAUUCACUAUUGAGGGCACGAAUCAAGUGUUACGAGAGGCACAAGAGUUGGGACCCAUUGGAGGGGUAUUUCAUUUAACGAUAGACUUAAACGACUGUUUAUUGGGAAAGUUAACAUUUGAAAAGUUUUGCUCAUCUAUUGAUACAAAACACAAAAUAUUUGCAAAUCUGGAUCAACUGACCCGACAAUUGAAUUAUCCAUUGGAUUAUUUUGUUGUCUUUUCAUCUCUAACUUGUGGUAAAGGAAACGGCGGACAAACAAACUAUGCGUUCGGGAACUCCAUGUGUGAGCGUAUAUGUGAAGAGAGACGUAGGGAUGGUCUGCACGGACUGGCCGUACAGUACGGACCCGUCGGUGAUGUGGGAGUGUUUGCCGACACAUCAGAGAACCUGUUGUCGAUAACAUGCGUCCGAAUGCAGAGAAUUAAUUCGUGUUGCGAUGUUUUAGACAAACUUUUGUCAAUUAAGCAAACAGUGGUCACAUCAUAUGGUCUGUCAAGGACGACUUAUAAGUGCACUAUUAAAGUAGAUAUGAGUACUAAAGCGUCGACUGGUGUGAAGUCGCAUGUAAUCGCCGAGUUGUGGCGGGCGUUGGGUAUCGACCCGUCGGUCACUCCCAACGACUUGACACUCGGGGAGAUAGGACUCGAGUCGAUGUUUGCCGUAGAACUGCAGCAGGAGUUGGAGAGAGAGUUCAAUGUAAACAUAUCGUUGAAUCAAAUCAAAAGCAUUACUAUAGGAAUGUUAAAGGACUUCGAGUCGGGUAAUACUGGCCACGUUGAAUGUCACCUGGAUGAAAUGAAACAAAUGAGAGCUAAUUAUUUGAAACGCAAAUUUAUAAUACCCACCGAAACGCAUACCCGUCUAAACGCGGUGACAACCGGUCGACCCGUGUAUUUCAUGCCAACCCUUAGUUUGAAUUUCACCAUGUUUGAACAGUUGGCCCAAUCGCUUAAUCGGCCCGUAAUUGGACUCAACUGGACACGUGAUAUGAACAAACUGACCACGCUCAAACAAGUGAAUGAGUAUUUUGUGACACUUAUGAAACGACUUGAGCCCAGGGGUGGGUACGAUGUGGUCGGCUAUUUGGACGGCGCCUUCGCUGCCAGCAAACUGUUACUGAAGGGAUGGGCGGACAAAGUGGUAAUCAUUGAUGUCAUGUCAUACGAUCGACUCAACGUAGAGUUGGAUCAGCUCACAGAUGAAGAUUUAUUGAUAUUUAUAUUUAGAGUACAGUUUAGCAAAAUAUCGCCGACAAUACGGGAUAGGAUUGUUAAGGAUAUGAAAAAACUAUCGGACAAUACGGCGCGGGUUAAACACAUGACCGGCGAGUUGUUAGAGUUGGUCGGCAAAGGUCUGGUGGCGCCCGAUAUCGACGAGAUUUACCACAUUUUGUUGGCCAGACUUCGGAUGCUUUUGACGUAUAGAUCGGAAAAGACUAAGAAGUGGUCGAAUCGGCUCAAAAUGACAAUCGCUAAGAAAUGGUCCAAAAGUGUGGGCAAAUUGAUCAUGAUCAAACCUGUUAUUAUGGAUGGUGUCACUGAUGUCAAUGAAGGUAUUGGCAAAUCACGUGACGCGUAUCUAUUGCCCGGCGAACAGGAAUAA